UUGAGAUCGUUUACCAUAAAACUCUUUGACAGUACAAACCAACCAGUCAUGCAAUUGUCCAGGGAUUGCCAUUGCUCCAUUUGCUGUUGUCCUUGUAUUUGUUGCCUACAAGAGCUUGAAGUACAGGCACCUCUAGGUAACAUCAUUGGAUAUGUGAAACAAAAGUGGCAUCCAUGCCAUCCAAGAUUUACUCUACAGAAUGAGGCCAGAGAAAAUGUUCUUAAAAUUACUGCAUCUUGUGUGCCUUGCCAAUUCUAUCAGGAUGUUAAUUUUGAGGUGAAAACUGUAGAUGGGAAAUCUACAAUUGGAAACAUAGUAAAAAAAUGGACUGGUUUAGCAAGAGAGGUUGCUACAGAUGCAAGCAUUUUUCAGAUCCGCUUUCCAAUGGAUCUUGAUAUUAAUAUGAAAGCAGUCAUAACAGGGGCUUGCUUUCUUAUGGAUUUCAUGUUUUUUGAACGUGGAAACAGAAGGAAUGAUCAUCGACGUAGGCGUUAGUUCAAGUCAGGACAUUAAGAGUCUUAUCACACUGAAUUAAGCUUGCAGGAGGAUUUUUAUUAAAGUUGCUUAUUUCAAUAUUUACAAUCAUACCUUCAACUAUUAUACCAUUUAUGUCAGAAUACUCCAUAUAACUCAAAUUUUCAUCAAAUAUUGACAUACAGUAUAUUGAUAUCCAUAUAUAAUAAUAAAGAUAUAUAGUAUAUAAAUUUGGCUAAUUUUCACUCCGCAAACAAAUAUACUCCCAUUUGCCAUUUUUUACUGCUCUUAUAUAUUAAGAAUUGCCUUCUGUUAUGUUUUCCUUUUUUAUUUUCUGUAAUCACACUGUGUAUUGCAGUACUAAAAUGAACCAAAGUGGGUAUCUCAAUAUUCAGACAAUUAACAGACAAAUUCAAUAAAGUUGAUAUUUUCUGCUUUGA